UAGUAUAUAAAUUUCUUUUCAAAAUAUGCUAUAUGUAUAUAUUGCUUAAAUAAACAACAGUUUGUAUCAUAUUCUAUUUUUAAAACUGCAACCAACAAUCUUUUGUAGUCUAUUCCUAAAGUUGUUUUACUGCCCUACAUUUGUUUUUUCAUUGCUGCUUAAAUUUUCUUUUUAAUGAAAGUAGCUUUAUUUAUAAGUGAAAAAAAAACGAAAUCGUCUUUUAUUCAACUGUAAAUUAUGUUAUUUUAUUUCUGUCCAACCUUUUACAAAAGUAGCAACUAAAAACCGCUGCAAGUACUCUGUGUAUAUCGUAAUCUACCUAUCCACCCACAUGAUCAGUGAUUCGAGCGGUUGACUCUGAACCAGAGAAUUCAAAGUUAAGGCUCUAUGCUGCAACCAAUGUAUUUUUUGCCGAAUGUAAAAGCGCAGUCUAACUUUGCUUAUUCAUCAAUGGCCAUUUAAUUUUUCUUCAUUAGGUUAUUUAGGAUUUCUGUAAUUUACUUACUUUAUGUUUUGAUUUGUAAUUUGUUCGGUUAAUAUUUAACUAAUCCAAGUGAGUUAGAUCUUAUUUUCCAUAGACAACAUUUUGCAUUUGUUUUUUGAUGCAAGUAAUUUAUUUUUGUUUACCAAUUUAAAUAAUCUAAUACCCAAUUAGUGAUAUAUUUAAGACAUCAGCCUAUGGUAUAUGCUCAUGUAUUUUAAUCAUAACAUUGCUGCAUUUUAGGUAUAACUAGUCGGUUACAUUUUAAGUCUAAUACCUGUCUGCUGCAAAGCUAGAGAUGUAUAAGAUUAUAUACGUUGUCUUUUAUUCAAUCUUUCUGUUUGUGGUUGCUUCAUUAGGGUUGUACUUGCUGUUCACAAAUCAAGGUUUCAGGUUUGAUGUCGGAAAUGUGCUCACAAAUAUUUCACCAUAUGCAUUUGCUACGACUGGUAUAGGACUUGCCAUGGCUUUCUCUGUAGUUGGAGCAGCUUGGGGGAUAUUUACUACUGGAAGUUCAAUAAUGGGAGCAGGUGUCAUUACUCCAAGAAUUUAUUCAAAAAAUUUGGUGAGCAUUAUUUUCUGUGAAGCUGUUGCAAUUUAUGGAAUUAUAAUCUCUAUUGUGAUGUCAAACUACUUGAAAUACUUUGAUCCUAACUUGUUAUCAGAUAGUAUGAUGGCACAAAAUAUAUUUGCAGGUUACGCACUGUUUGGUGCUGGACUAACAACCGGUUUAUCAAACCUCGCUUGUGGAAUAUGUGUUGGCAUUGUUGGCAGUGGAGCAGCAAUAGCUGAUGCUGCUAACCCAAACCUGUUCGUUAAGGUACUCAUUGUAGAAAUAUUCGGAAGUGCGAUUGGUCUCUUUGGGUUGAUUGUUGCGAUUAUAAUGUCAACCAAAGCCAAGAUGGUUGUUGAAUGAAACAAAACUUUAAUGUGAACUCCUCAUGUGUGAUUGUUUGUAUUUAUAGAUGUAUUAGAGUUAUAAAGCAACAACAAAAUACAGAAAGACGUUCACACUAAAUCAAAACAGUUUCUAUUGUUGAAAAUUAUGUUGAGGCGUCUGUAAGUGUAUUGACUGGUUGUUUAUGUUCAUUACUUAUCCCAUUUAUUCUAUUUUAUCGUGAUGUUAUGUGUGCAAUACACUUCGUUUGCGACCUUGUCGCUGCAUUAUUUGACAAACAACCUCCUUGCGUGAAAGGCUUCACAGAACAACCAAACACAAUAAAACGAUUUGGCUGCGUCCUGAAA